AGGCUCCCAUCCGUCGCCGCCAACGCCCCGUCCAUCUCGGCUCUUCCCCGCGAGUUACUCAUCUGCCUCGCCGUCGCUCUCAUUCCAUCCACCUCCACUCUCUUUGCCAAGGAGUCUUCAGCCAUCCGCUCGUGCACCUAUCCUCGCCACCACACAUUUCUUCAGGCAAGCUCGGAAUGACCAAGGACGAAACCCUGGCCGAUCAGAAGAAGCAGCAGCAGGCCGACGACAAGGCUGCUGUCUCCAAGGCCGAUCCGAAGAAGAAGGAGGCCGAGGAGGAGGAGCUGUCCGAAGAGGACCAGCAGCUGAAAAACGAACUCGAGAUGCUGGUCGAACGCCUCAAGGAAAACAACGUUGUCCUCCACAAGCCUGCUCUCGAGACCCUCCGUACACUCAUCCGAACCUCGACCUCGUCCAUGACGGCCGUGCCCAAGCCCCUCAAAUUCCUGCGCGCCCACUACUCCACCAGCAUCGCUGUCUUCGAGGAAUGGCCCCAGAGCGACAACAAGAAAGACCUGGCCGACAUUCUAUCGGUACUCUCCAUGGCCUAUGCCGAGGAAGGCAAGCGCGAUAGCUUGAAAUAUCGUCUGCUUGGAUCUGGCGAGGCUCCUGGCUCCUGGGGUCAUGAAUAUGUUCGACACCUCGCCAGCGAGCUUAGCGCCGAGUAUCUGGCCAACUCCGAGGAGGAAAAGCCCACCGACUACAUCCUGGCUUUGGCCCUGGAGCUUGUUCCCUUCUUCCUGCAGCACAACGCCGAGGCCGAUGCAUGCGAUCUGCUCCUCGAGAUCGAGGCGCUUGACCAGCUGCCCAAGUUUGUCGACAAGAACACCUAUCAGCGUGUCUGUCUGUACAUCAUCAGCUGCGUCAACUAUGUUGCCCCGCCCGAUGAUGUGUCCAUCCUCAAGACGGCCCACACCAUCUACCGCAACCUUGGCCACUUGCCGGAGGCCCUGCAGAUCGCCAUUAAGCUGAACGACCAGGAGCUUAUCCAUGAAGAUUUUAAUAGCUGCCAAGACCCACUGCUACAAAAGCAGCUCGCCUACAUGCUCGCUCGCCAGCAAGUCAAGUUUGAUGCAGACGAAGCCAUCACCGAGAUCCUCAACAACACCCAGCUCUCGUCUCACUUUUUGGCUCUUGGCCGCGACCUCGACGUUAUGGAAGCCAAGACCCCCGAGGACAUCUACAAGAGCCACCUCGAGAACAUUCGCUCUGGUGUUACAACCGUCGACUCGGCCAAGCAUAACCUCGCCUCCACCUUCGUUAAUGCCUUUGUCAACGCCGGCUUUGGCACCGACAAGCUCAUGCUGGAUCAGGAUCAGAGUGGAUCGUGGAUCUACAAGAACAAGGAUCACGGCAUGAUCAGCGCCGCGGCGUCGAUUGGCUCGAUCAUGUUGUGGGAUGUCGAAACGGGCCUCACCCACAUCGACAAAUAUCUGUACGCCGAGGACAACAAUGUCAAGGCCGGCGCUCUCCUCGCCAUCGGACUGGUUACGGCCGGUGUCAAGAACGAGUCCGACCCCGCCCUUGCCCUGCUCAGCGAGUACAUCAACAGCGAUCAGUCCGUCCUGCGCACUUCGGCCAUCAUCGGCCUUGGCAUUGCAUAUGCUGGCACUGCACGCGAAGAUGUCUUGGAGUUGCUGCUGCCCAUUGUCAGCGACACUGGCUUGACCAUGGAGAUCUCGUCCCUGGCGGCCCUCUCUUGCGGCCUCAUCUUUGUCGGCACUUGCCAUGGCGACAUCACCUCAACGAUUCUGCAGUCGCUGAUGGAGAGCGAGGACGCACAGCUCAAGGACGGCUACGCCAAGUUCAUGGGCGUGGGACUUGCGUUGCUCUACCUCGGCAAGCAAGAGGCCAGCGAGCCCACGCUGGAGACUCUCAAGGUCAUCGAGCACCCCAUCGCCAAGCAAAUCGAGGUCAUGGUGGAGACCUGUGCCUUUGCCGCUACCGGCAACGUGUUGAAGAUUCAAAAGAUGCUGCAUCUUUGCAACGACCACCUGGAUCCCCAGAAGGACGACGACAAGUUCCAGGCCAUCGCUGUCCUUGGUGUGGCUCUCAUUGCUAUGGGCGAAGACAUUGGCGCCGAGAUGGCUCUGCGGCAGUUCAACCAUUUGAUGCACUACGGCGAGCCUGUGAUCCGACGCACUGUGCCCCUGGCUCUGGGUCUCUUGUGUGCGUCCAACCCCCUCGUGCACGUCCUCGACAUCCUGAGCAAAUACUCGCACGACAACGAUCCGGAUGUCGCCAUUUCGGCCAUCUUUGCCAUGGGUCUGGUCGGCGCCGGCACCAACAACGCCAGGAUGGCACAGAUGCUGCGGCAACUCGCUGCCUACUACCACAAGGAGCCCAACCAUCUGUUUGUCGUCCGCAUCGCCCAGGGCCUCCUCCACAUGGGCAAGGGCACUUUGACGAUCAACCCGUUCCACUCGAACCGCAUGCUGCUCUCUCCUGUAGCUAUGGGCGGUCUCUUGACCACGCUGAUCGCAUUUAUGGAUCCCAAGUACACUAUCCUGGCUCGAGCGCACUACUUCCUGUACUAUCUGGUGCUGGCCAUGUACCCGCGAUUCCUGGUGACUCUGGAUGAGAACCUGAAGAGCAUCCCGGUGACGGUCCGCGUCGGUCAGGCCGUCGAUACUGUUGGCCAGGCUGGACGACCCAAGACCAUCACCGGCUUCCAGACGCACUCGACUCCGAUCCUGCUGGCCUCGACAGAGCGUGCCGAGUUGGCAACGGAGGAGUGGCUGCCGUUGACGCCCGUGCUGGAGGGCUUUGUGAUUCUGAAGAAGAACCCUGAGUGGAUGGACGAGGACAAGGACACAAAGUGAUCCCGCCGCUGCUUGAGCGUGAUAGCGCAUCCAUUUCCACCCUCCCGAGCAUCAUUUCUUCUGCCUUUGGUGCUCCCUCCAUGGGAUCGACUGCAGGACGUGCUGUAUCGUUCCAAGCUUCCGUCCUGGACAAUAAAAUGCGAAAUGAGCCCACCUUGAA